CGGCCAUAUUUGAUUUGAUUAUGCUGUUCUGGCUGCGACAACCAGUUUAGCCAGAAAAAAAACAUCCUUUCUUGACUACGAGGCCAGUUUGAAGAUUCAUCUGCAUCGAGCUCCAGCCGCAGUCACACUAACGACAGCUUCCACCCCGUAGUCGACGAUGAAUCCUGAAUAUGACUACUUAUUCAAACUGCUCCUGAUUGGGGAUUCUGGUGUCGGAAAGUCUUGUCUCCUCCUCCGGUUCGCAGACGACACGUACACAGAGAGCUACAUCAGCACCAUCGGCGUGGACUUCAAGAUCAGGACCAUCGAGCUAGACGGGAAGACCAUCAAGCUGCAGAUAUGGGACACGGCCGGCCAGGAGCGCUUCCGAACCAUCACGUCCAGCUACUACAGAGGAGCUCACGGCAUCAUCGUGGUCUAUGACGUCACAGACCAGGAGUCCUUCAACAACGUCAAGCAGUGGCUGCAGGAGAUCGACCGCUACGCCAGCGAGAACGUCAACAAGCUGCUGGUCGGCAACAAGUGCGACCUCACAACGAAGAAGGUGGUCGACUACACCACGGCAAAGGAGUUUGCCGAUAACCUGGGGAUCCCCUUCCUGGAGACGAGCGCUAAGAGCGCCACCAACGUGGAGCAGGCCUUCAUGACCAUGGCGGCUGAGAUCAAGAAGAGGAUGGGCCCCGGGGCCACAGCUGGCGCCUCCGAGAAGUCCAACGUGAAGAUCCAGAGCAAGCCGGUGAACACCUCGUCUGGCGGCUGCUGCUGAGGCCCCGGAACCGGAACCGAGCCCAGCAGGAUGGUAAGAGCAGCAGAACACACUGGGCCGGCAGGUUCUGGCGUCCCUCCUCCAAUUGGUCACCCCUCAAACCAAGCACACGCUAACACCGGCGUCACGCGUGCCAGCUGUGACCUCACUCCCCGUGGACUCGACGUGUUCUGCUCCUGAGUGCCUUGGCAGCAGCAGACCUCACAGUUCCCCUCGGUAAACAUUCCUCCACAUGCGUGUGCUCGGCUCCGUGUGCUCUGCUGGUCUUAGUCAUGCUGUAAGCGUGUGCUGCAUUGGGAGACGUGUCUUUCUCUGCCAACAGCACAAACCCACAGAAAGAAGCCCACCUAUAAACUGUAUAUAUUUAUACAUACAUGGAAGAAUGAUUGAUCAAAUCUCCACACGCGUGAUCUGUGGCUGCAGACGUGACAUUUUUGUGUCACAAUGUCGAUUAAACAAUGAAGGAGAUCUUUGAUAACCA